CUCGGAUGAUGCAUGACCUGCUGUCCUUUUCCAGCGCCACAUUGUUUGACUGACUGUCCAGCGACUGCAGUCCUCACUUUGAUGUCAAUGUCUGACAGUCACUAAAUCCAUCGGGACCGCAACAAUUUUUAACUGUGAUUUCUGUGAGUGGGAUCAACGCUUUUUGGUUCCUGUUUGAGGACGUUUUCAGCAUCAGUGGGACUGGACGAGAGACCCCCCUGUUGCAGCGCACUGUGCGUGGAGCCUGAAACAGUUAUACGGCCUGGAAAGGGGAUUUCACGGCAGGGAGGGCUCUACACAUAUUUGUGUGCAGCUGAAGCUGUGGCCAUGGAGAAACCUGAGGAAUCCCGCCCGGUGGAGGAACCGUGGAAGUGUGGCGACUGUGGGAAAGGCUUCCGUGUCCCGUCUGCCCUGGAGACUCAUCGGCGUAGUCACACCGGGGAAAGGCCAUUCUCCUGCACCGACUGCGGGAAGGCCUUCAGACAUUCCUCCCACCUGUUGGCCCACCAGCGGAUCCACACGGGGGAGAGGCCCUUCAGCUGUCCAGAGUGCGGGGAGGCCUUCAGCACAUCCUCCCACCUGCUGAGCCACCAGCGGGUCCACACGGGGGAUAGGCCCUUCAGCUGCCCAGAGUGCGGGAAGGCUUUUACCCAGGCCUCCACCCUGCUGAGGCACCAGCGUGUACACACGGGGGAAAGGCCCUUCAGCUGCCCAGAGUGCGGGAAGGCCUUCAGCAAUUCCUCCACCUUGCUGACCCACCAGCAUGUCCACACGGGGGAGAGGCCCUUCAGCUGCCCGAAGUGCGGGAAGGCCUUUCCCCAGGUCUCCACCUUGCUCAGGCACCAGCGUAUCCACACUGGGGAAAGGCCCUACAGCUGCCCUGAGUGUGGGAAGGCCUUCAGCGAUUCCUCCACCCUGCGGAGUCACCGGCGGGUCCACACGGGGGAGAGGCCGUUCACCUGCUCUCAGUGCGGGAAGGGCUUCACCUGCUCCUCCAACCUGCUGACCCACCAGCGCAUCCACACGGGUGAAAGACCAUUCAGCUGCCCCAAGUGUGGGAAGGCCUUCAGCAAUUCCUGCGCCCUGUUGAGUCACCAGCAUGUCCACACCGGGGAGAGGCCGUUCACCUGCUCUCGGUGCGGGAAGGGCUUCACCUGCUCCUCCAACCUGCGGAGACACCAGUGGAUCCACACGGGGGAGAGACCGUUCACCUGCUCUCAGUGCGGGAAGGCCUUUACUCACAUUUCCUCCCUGAUGACCCACCAGCGGAUCCACAUGGGGGAGAGGCCGUUCACCUGCUCUCAGUGCGGGAAGGGCUUCACCUGCUCCUUCAACCUCCAGACCCACCAGCGGGUCCACACCGGGGAGAGGCCCUUUAGCUGCCCAGAGUGCGGGAAGGCCUUUAUCCAGGUCUCCACCCUGCUGAGGCACCAGCGGGUUCACACGGGGGAAAGGCCCUUCAGCUGCCCCGAGUGCGGGAAGGCCUUCAGCAAUUCCUCCACCUUGCUGACCCACCAGCGGGUCCACACGGGCGAGAGGCCAUUCACCUGCUCUCAGUGCGGGAAGGGGUUCACCUGCUCCUCCCACCUGCUGACCCACCGGCGGGUCCACACGGGGGAGAGGCCCUUCAGCUGCCCCGAGUGUGGGAAGGCCUUCAGCACAUCCUCCAACCUGCGGAGCCACCAGCGGGUCCACACGGGGGAGAGGCCCUUUAGCUGCCCCGAGUGCGGGAAGGCCUUUACCCAGGUCUCCACCCUGCUGAGGCACCAGCGGAUCCACACAGAAGAGAGGCCGUUCACCUGCUCUCAGUGCGGGAAGGGCUUCACCUACUCCUGCAACCUGCGGAAGCACCAGCGAGUUCACGUGCCAUCGCAGGGGGAUUGAAAGAGUGACGGCUGAGUGCCAUUAUCGAUUGGACUAUC